AUGCUUGAUGUGUGCAAAAUCAUCUCAUGCCAGGCUUGUUUUGUUAUCCCCGUGCUGGUGGCCGUCGGCAUAGGCCUGUCCCGACGGCAUAUGGCAUCUUCUCAGUUCUCACCACAUCGUCUUGUGGUCGCCGCCGCACGCACGCACAGUGCACCUCCAGUCCUCCACUACCACAGGCGAGAGCCUAACACCAGGAGUGCUCAACGCGUCGUGGUUCAGGACAUGGAGGCAGCAGCAUUCAAGGCUAUGCUGCAUUUCAUCUACACGGACGCGGUUCCUGAACUUGACGGCGAGCAGGAGGCUGCGACGACGAUGGCGCAGCAUUUGCUAGCUGCUGCUGACAGGUACGGGCUAGACAGGCUCAAAGUCAUCUGCGAGGGCAAGCUCUGCCGUGGCAUCGCCGUCGACGCGGCGGCAACGACUCUGGCAAUGGCUGAGCAGCACAACUGCUCGCACCUCAAGGCCAAGUGCGUCGAGUUCAUCAUCAGCACUCCUGCGAUCCUUGACGCUGUGGUGGCGACGGAGGGGUAUAAGCAUCUGGAGGCAAGCUGUCCUUCCGCGCUUACCAGCAUUGUCCUUUCUAUGCGUGGUACAAGGAACUGA